AUGACUGACAACACCAACCCCGGAAACUUCGCCAACCGCUCCAAGGAAGAGGUCAGGGAGAUUGCCAGCAAGGGCGGCCAGUCCAGCCACCAAGGUGGCUUUGCCAGCAUGGAUGCUGAUAAGCAGAGAGAUAUCGCCUCUAAGGGUGGCCAGGCCUCCAGCGGUAGCUUCAAGCCCGGUGACCCCCGCGCCAAAGAGGCCGGUCAGAAGGGCGGCCAGGCCAGCGGAAACACCGAGUCUGAUGAGUAG